AUGUUGUCGGUGACACCUGGGUUUAUCUUCGUGCUCAUUUUGUUUCAUGUGCCCGAGAUCACGGCUCUUCGGGAGUCCGCGGACGAACAUGCAAGGUAUGUGAAGGACAAACUAUCCCCGUCAAAUCCACAGUACCGAGAUUGGUACAGCCACCCCACUCGUGACGACUGGUACCAGGCCCCGCCCAUCCGCUAUGUCGACGCGGAGGAACAAGAUCAGACAGAGAUGAUGGACGGCCUCGCUUGCUUCUGCAAGAAGGUGACGUUGGUGGAGGACUGCCCCUGGGUCAAGGAUGACAAGGAGGGCCACAGCGAAGAUCCGAGCCGCUUUCGUUGGUAUCACAAAGACGAGGAGCUUUGCUGCAAGCUGCACUAUACGUUCAGCCUGAAGAUGGUCGGCUGGGGCUAUCAACGCCAGCAGACGGCGGAUUUGUGCGUGUCAGAUCUUCGCCCUGCGGCAAGCGACGAAUGCUGCCAUUUGAAAGACGAGGGUGGGUCGAUUGGCCUUCGCAUUCAACAGUCCAGGGCGUACCUAUACUUGGAAGCAUACAAGGAUUUCACGUUUCCUUGGUCCGGGAUUGUUCGCCAGUUCUAUCGGAGCGACCCGAAAUUUCAGUUGGAGGAAGUCGCCGGUGCGACGGACCACACGGGGAAUGCAGUAGACGCCGAGACAGUUCGUGCCUUCCUGCAGAACGCGCAAGAUGCAGGUCGCUACCAGCAGGGCUUCGCAUGCUCUUACCUCAAGGACACUGACCCUGAGAAGGGGUCCUGCCUUCUCCGGCAGAAGCCGUCGAGUCAAUGCUGCUGCCAUCAGGCCACCAUCACAGCCGCCCGUCGCUGCCUGCCAGUAGAUGGCGCCCCCAGUGAGACUCAUCCCGUUUGGGUGGAAGGGGUGCAUGUCGACAUCGACAAGCAUAACCUCAAGGAGGGUUCAGUCAGCUUUGCGGAGAGUCCUGAUGCGAGUGAGACCAUUCCUGACUAUGCGACCUCUGCCGAUCCCGAAGUCGUGGAUGAUCCCAGCACCGCCACGAACGAGAGCAGCAUUGUCUUCACAUGGGGUCGUAUCGACCAGUGGAACCUAACAUGUGAUGGAGAGAAGCCAAUACCUUGGGUCAGGAGCAAACAUCACAGUGCAAGGUAUAGUUGUGGAAGCACCAAACACAGCCCGACGGGGCCCUCCACGACCCAUUACUGCACUCGUCACUGGACCACCUACCACCAGGAGUACGCCAAGAAGUGUGUGUCGCGCAAGUACACCCGCCUUUGUCCGCCUGGCCACGGCCUCUACGAGAAGCAGUUCCCUCGAGGAACCUGUGCCCAUGAGCCAUCUGAGACCCAGGUGGAUGAGCUUCAGCUUGUGGGCCUCGGUAACUUGAGCUUCAUGUGUCCUGAGGAGUAUCGUAGCGGCACACCCGGAGGCCUCCGGUUCGAUCCGCUCUGUGAGUGUGCCGAAACAUGCUAG